AUGCAACACAGGCAAUCUGUCAAGAGUGGAAUGCCUCUUGGGGAGUACUUUCUAUGGAAAAUUGGCUUCUAUUUAGGUGUUAGAUACCACGAUGGUAGAAGUUAUUCAGGAAAGAUUCAAUCUUCUGCUGGAGGAGUUGGAAGGAAUAUUGCCGACUGUUUAUCUAGAUUAGGGAAAGAUCCUUUACUUAUAUCUACUAUUGGUGACGAUAGAAAUGGAAAAACAAUUGUGAAUCAAAAUACAAACAUGGAUGUCCAAGGAAUAAGAGUGCUUUCGAGUGUACCAUCAGCUGUUUAUUGUGCUAUUUUGAAUGUAAAUGGACAAUGUUUAUUUGGAAUCAAAGAUAUGAAAGCUCAUGAUUUCAUCGACAUGUCACACAUUCUUAAGUAUAAACGUUCGAUUUUGGAAUCUCCUUUAAUUGUAUUGGACGGAAACGUUCCCCAAAAUGAAAUUUGUCAAGUUUUGCAAUUAUGUCGAAUGUAUAAUAAACCAGUUUGGUACGAACCAACUGAUAUUGUUCAAGCUAAAAAACCUUUUUUGACAGAAGAUUGGAAGUCUUUAACCUAUUCAUCUCCCAAUUAUAACGAGUUGAGAAUGAUGUACAGUUGUGUUUCUGGAAAGGAUUUAAAAUCGCUAGAAUCAGAAGAAAUUGAAAGAAUCCCGUUGGAAACAAUAAUAAAAUGUUGCAUUCAACUAAGUGAACCUCUUAUGCAUUAUCUACACACUUUAAUAGUGACUUUGGGAGCCAAAGGUGUUCUUGUUGUAACAAAAUCCACUAAUGAUGAAAAAUUUCCUAUUUGGAAUAUUAGAAAAUCUAAGGUUAAACCAAGCGUUACUCAUUUUCCUUCAGAAAAAUGUCUUUCUGUUGUAAGUGUUUCUGGAGCUGGUGAUUGGUGAGUAAUACAACUAAAUUCGACUUACUGUUUUAUAUGAAAGUAGCCAAUUUAUAUACAGGGUUCCUAUUCAAAUUUUUGUUUUAAAUUUCA